GGGUAAUUAACGUGGACAAGAUCAACAUACAGCUACUUAUAUAUGUAACAAGAACAGCUUUGAAUGAAUUGGACAGAUCGACUCACAUGAGAUAGCUGUAUUAAGCUCUGACAGUAAAAGGCUUGAGAAUACAACAUCGAUCGAUGGAUCAGGAACCUCCAUUACAACAAACCUACAAGACCCUUUUACAUAACUCCUCUCUUGGUGAACCAAAAAAGGAAAAUAUUUUCAUGGCUGAGGAAUGCGAUCUACCCUUGAUUGAUCUGAGUCAAUUGAAUGCACAGAGAGACAAGUGCAUCAAACUGAUUGCUCAAGCUGCAAGGGAAUGGGGUUUCUUUCAAGUUCUGAAUCAUGGGAUUUCUCAAGAGGUUCUUAAAAUCUUGAAAGAUGAGCAGAUGAAGGUUUUCCAUCUUCCUUUUCAAAAGAAGAUUGAAGACAACUUUUUGAAUUUAUCAGCCAAUAGUUACCGCUGGGGGAACUCAAAGGCUACUUCUCUAAAGCAGGUCCUUUGGUCGGAAGCCUUACAUUUAUCUCUUGCAGAUAUAUCAAGAAUGGAUGAAUGCAAGAGUACUCUCAGAUCGGCCAUUGAAGCAUUCGUGACAGUAGCUGGCUCUCUGGCUCAAAGCUUAGCUGAAAUUCUAUCCCAAAUUUUAGGCAUCAAAUCUACAUAUUUCCAAGAGAACUGCCCGCCAAACACCAGCUAUCUUCGACUGAACAGAUAUCCUCCCUGUCCAUUUCCCUCCAAGGCCUUUGGCUUUAUGCCUCACACCGACAGCAGUUUCCUUACAAUUUUGCAUCAAGACCACGUUGGAGGAUUGCAAUUGUUGAAAGAUGGAAAAUGGUUUCGUGUCAAACCAAAUCCACAAGCUUUAGUUAUCAAUAUUGGUGACUUAUUUCAGGCGUUGAGCAAUGAUAGCUUCAAGAGCAUCAAACACCGAGUGGUUUCCAGUGAAGAGAUUGAAAGGUUUUCUGUGGCGUAUUUCUACUGCCCCUCCAAUGACGCGGUGAUACAAAGCUGCUGCAGUACAAAGAGGCUGCUGCCGGGUGUGUACAAACACUUCAGUUUCAGAGAGUAUCAACAGCAAGUCCGGAAGGAUGUUGAGGCUACCGGGGACAAAGUAGGGCUCUCAAGGUUUCUCUUAUGAUCAUAUGAAUUUGAAGGAUAUUGUAUUUACUUUUACUAGCUAGUAAGCUAGUCAUCAUGAAGUGGAGGAGCUGUUUUAAUUAAUUAAUAAAUUUGCAUGGUUUUAACUUCUGACA